UUAACUUGGGUAAAGUAAGCCCAUACAGAAACCACAUGAAGACAAAAUUUCAUCUCAUCUGGGAGGAAGAGACCUGUCUCCAAGUCCCUGAGCACUUCUACAGAGAAACGGUGUUUAACGAGUACAUAUCAUUGUAUGUUGCGUACAAGGUCGGACCACUCACUGUGGUACUGAGUGGCCCCAAAGGCAGUGGCAAGACCACGCUGCUGAGAAAGCUGAUGUUGGAGUGGGCGAACGGGAACUUAUGGAGGGACAGGUUCGCCUUUGUGUUCUUCUUCAGCGUCUAUGAGCUGAAUGGUGUCGCAGAGACGAGCCUAGCGGAGCUCGUCUCCAGAGACUGGCCCGCGUCAGAGGAGGUGCUCGAAGAUGUCUUUGCCCAGCCAGUGAAGAUCCUGUUCAUCAUGGACGGCUUUGAGGAGCUGAAAUUCGACUUGGAACAGCAGACUGACUUGUGCAGUGACUGGAGGCAACGGAAGCCAACACAGGUUAUCCUGAGCAGCUUGCUGCAGAAAGCAAUGCUUCCAGAAUGUUCUCUGCUGCUUGGAUAUGGCAAGACGAGUAUCGGAAAAUACUGUUCCUUCUUGGAAAAUCCAACAUACCUAAGACUCAAAGGAUUCUCGGAACAGCAAAGGAAACUGUAUUUCUCCUACUUCUUCGGUGAGAAGAAAGACGCCUUGAGAGCCCUCAGUUUUGUGAGAGCCAUCCCCUCACUGUUCGCCUUGUGUGAGAACCCUCUGAUAUCCUGGCUGCUCUGUACUUGUAUGAAGUGGCAGCAAGAGAGGGGGGAGCAACUUCACGUUGUCUUCGAGAACACCACUUCUCUGCAUGCGUUCUUCUUAACAGGUGCGUUCAGAGUAGGGAGGGAGAACUGUCCCCCCCUGCAGAACAGGGCGCAGAUGAAAAGCUUGUGUACCUUGGCCGCGGAGGGGAUAUGGACUCAGACCUACGUGUUCUCCCAAGCGGAUCUCAGGAGGCACGGGGUGUCUGAAUCUGACGUGGUGAUGUGGCUGGACGUGAGAUUUCUCCGGCCACGAGGCGACGGCUUCGUCUUCAACCAUACGCCCUUGCAAGAGUUCUGUGCUGCCUUGUUCUACUUCCUCGGACAGCCCGGAGACCAGCUGAACCCAGCCAUUGGAAGCAUAGCGCAGCUGGUCGCGGCAACUAUGGGGCAGCUCCAAAGCCGCUUGUACCGGAUGGGGAUAUUCCUCUUUGGCAUCUGCAGCAGCAGAAUCACCGGCAUGCUGGGCAAAUGGUUCGGCAUGCUGCUGUCUGAAGAGAUAAAGCCCAAAAUAUCCCAGUGCCUUCAACGCCUAAGCAAGGGCGAGCCUGGUGAAGUGGUGAAUUUCCAGAACUUGAGCUCCGCUCUGUUUGAGAUCCAGGAGAGGGAAUUCGUCGCACAAGUGAUGGAUUUCUUUGAAGAAAUCUUCAUUUACAUCGACAGCCUUGAAAAUCUGGCGAUGUCUUCCUUCUGCCUGAAAAGCAGCCGGAACGUGAAGAAACUGCACCUGUGUGUGGACGACGACUUCCCAGGGGACUUGGGCGCUAUCCCAGAUCACAGUAAGAAGCUCGCCUACUGGAGGGACCUUUGCUCCGUGUUCAGCACCAGCAAGAAAUUUGAGUUGUUAGAUAUGGACAACUGUAAGCUUGAUGAUGCUUCCUUGACAAUUCUUUGGAAAGCUCUGGCCCAUCCCACAUGCAAGAUCCAAGCCUUGGCGUUUAAUUUUAUGUCCAACUUUGGAAACGGCGUAGACUUCAGUACCAAAAUGCUUCUUCACCCUCACCUGAAGUACCUGAAUCUGUACCGUACGAAUGUCUCCUCCAUUGGGGUCAGGUACCUGUGCGAGAUGCUGAAGAAGCCCAAGUGCAACUUGGAAGUGCUGAUGUUGGGCAAAUGUGACAUCAAAGAGGACCACUGCGAUGACAUCGCCAGUGUCCUCGUCUGCAACAGCAAGCUGAAGUGUCUGUCCUUGGUGGAAAACCCCCUGAACAACACGGGUGUGAUGAUACUGUGCAAGGGGCUGAAGCGGCCAGAGUGUGUCCUGGAGUCGCUGAUACUGAACUGCUGCUGCCUCACCAGUGUCUCCUGUGACUACUUCUCCAAGGCCCUCCUGUGCAACAGGGCCCUGUCCCUGCUGGACCUGGGCUCAAAUAUGCUGGAGGACACGGGGGUGGCGACUCUGUGCGAGGUGCUAAAGCACCAGAACUGCACCCUCAAGGAGCUGUGGUUGGUGGGCUGCUACCUCACUGCCGAUUGCUGUAAGGAUAUUGUGGCAACUCUCAUUUGCAAUGAAAGUCUAAAGACCCUGAAACUGGGGUCCAACGAGAUACAGGAUGCCGGCGUGAGGCAGCUGUGUGAAGCCCUGAGGCACCCCAACUUCCGGUUACAGCGUCUGGGCCUGGAAAUGUGUCAGCUCACCACGGCCUGUGUUGAAGACCUCGCCUCGGCUCUCAUCACCUGCAAGUCCCUGAAAGGCCUGAACCUCGACGGGAUCAUGUUGGACCACGAUGGGGUGGUGAAGCUGUGCGAGGCCCUGACCCACGUGGACUGUGUCCUGGAGCUGCUUGGGCUGGACAAAACUGCAUACGGUAAAGAAAGCUGGCGGCUGCUCUCAGCUGCGGAAGAGAGAAAGCCCGACCUGACGAUACAACACGAACCGUGGGCCGCGGAGGAGAACAAGAUGAAGGGGGUGGCCCUCUGAGGGGGCCCAGCGCUCUCCCUCAUCCAAAGUGCACGUCCUGGCAGGGGGGACUGCUCCUCCACAGCACGGGAUUGUGGGUAUGCGCUGUGGGCUUUGGCUCCGCCUUCCAUUCCCACGCUAUUUGCAGUAUUUAGGAAAUACACUGAAUGUAUGUUGAACAUGUC